AUGGGCUUCUGUGAGUCGAAAGCACGAAAGGCUUUGGCUGAGUGCGUUUGGGAUGUGAACAGAGCAAUCGAUCUCCUCGUCUCCCGGGGCGCGGAGUCACUGGCACCACUUCCCAAAAGUGUGGUCGAUAGCUCGGAGACAGCUCGCAAUAAGUCCAGAGACGACAACUCGACGACAGACGGCCAGGAGACAUCUGGCCGAUUCAAAGUAAUUCGACGAGUUUGCCAAGAUGCUUCAGGGCAGGAAGAUACGUUGCUUGCUGCACAGGACCUGGGGUGGAUUUACGCAGAGGAUCCAAUGGAUGCAUCCAGGGCUGGUUGGCUGCCCUCCCUUGCACUUGAAGACGAACAGGAUGGACAUGCUUGGAUUUUGGUGCAAAAGACCAUGCCUGCGGUUCACGAAAGCCAGUUGAAUGUGGAAGAAGGUGAGGUCCUCAAAGUGAAUCUCUCAUCACGGACGCCUGAAGGUUGGGCAUAUGCUGAAAAGGUGCAAAGCUGUGAAGUUCUGCCGGGCUGUCGCCAAACUGUGGGUACCAUUGCAUGUACCGUGGAGACUCCUCUCCUCCCCGCCCGAAAGCGAUGCGACCGAGGCUUGGCGACGGGGUGCGUGAAAGAGAUUCUCUCAUUGGUCUUCAUCACACCUUGCAUUUGGUACAUCCUGACCAUCAUCGGCCAGUAUGAUGAUCGGCUACAAGCCAAACAGAGGGCAGCCAAAGUGGAGAAGGAAAACUUGGCACGAUCCUACAAUGACCUCCUCUCCGACAUGGAUGGCCUGCUGUCGAAGUCAGCAGAGUCCUCUGCCGGGCUGGCGGAGCGGACGUUCGAGUCCAAGCGCCGGGAUUUCCAACGCUUCUUGGAGCGGGUCAAGGAAAGAUACAAAGUCUUUGCUGGCACCAAGGAUGCAGAGCAGGUUCUUCGACAGUUCAAACGCUUUUGCUCCAAUUGGCUGAAGGUCUUUGAGGAGUGCUCGAUCGACCCCAUCCACUAUCCCAAGAAGGUCAUCAACGAGAAGGAACCCGGUUCGGAUCUCAGUCGCUGCCAGGUAGCAGACCUUUGCCUUGACAGGUUGAAGAAAACUGAGGUUCGCUUCAUCAGCACACAGCGCGACCAGGAUGCCCAGCUGCUGAGGAAGAACAAGAAUGAGUUCCGCCGCAUGACCGAGAAGGAGCGCGCCAGCAGGCCAAGGCAGUUCUAUGUGAGGAGCAGUCCGACCAAGGACAGCUAUCCGAAAGAGAUCCGCUGCGGAUGUGGCCAGCUGGUCAUCCUCUCCAUGGAGCAUGCCCGGCUGCUCAUCGGCGUCUUCAUCGGAGCGGCGCUCUUCGCGUGCCUCCGCGGGUGCUCAGCCCUCCAACGUCGCCUGCGCAGAAGCUCCACGUUCCUCAUCCUGAGCACCACAGACCUUUUGGCGGCAGAGAUAUGCUUGAUUGUGAUGCUGAUGAGAUUCGAGGAGUUGGACAUCAUUCAACAGUUGGAGCGGGAAGUGAAGGAACUGGCUCGACAAAACGAGCAAGUGGAAAAGCAGCGCGAGAAGAUGACAGAGUUCUGGAGUAACGCCCAGCAGCUCACCGAACUCUGGCUCUAUCGGACGGUCCCCCGUUUGGAUCUUUACAAGGAAGUUCACAACCAGCUGGAAGAUUGCAGCAAAGAGGACCUCCUCACUCACAUGGCAGGCGCCAACCAGCAAUUGGAGGACGGGGACCGUGGGAAGAACUCGGCACCUCGAGGGGCCUGGCCCUGUCCGCGUUGUGGCCCGUUCGAACAACAUCGAAGUGGACGUCGUGUGGUGUCCUGUACCUUGCAGUCCACUUGA